GGGCGGGAAGGCGGCGGCCAGCGCCGACCCGCGGCCGCCGGGAGCGGGGAGCCGGCUCCCGCCCUUCCGCCUCCCCUCAGCGGCGGGGCGGCCAUGCGCGGCGGCGCGGCGGGCGGCGGCUCGGGCUCAGGUCCCCCCAGACGCUUCCCGGUGGCGGCGGUGGAUGCUAUCCUGGAGGAUGUGCUGGGGAGCUGCCUGAGGGAGCAGCCGUACGAGCCGGCCCGGUGCAGGGAGAUGGCGAAGGACAUCGCUGAGGUUAUUAAAGCUCGGGUAAAAGACCUUAUGAUCCCGAGGUACAAGAUUGUUGUGGUGACACAUAUUGGGCAGCUGAAUGAGCAGAGCAUGCAGAUCGGAAGCAGGUGCCUGUGGGAUCCUGUGAGCGAUACGUUUUCGUCGCACGUGUUCAAGAACACAUCACUGUUUGCUCUUGCAAAUGUCUAUGCUGUCUAUUUUGAAUAAGGAGGUGGUUGAGUUUAACAGCAGAAAUGAGCGUUCAGCCUAACUUUUCCUGUUUCUGUUGUUGAAAACGGUUGUGAAGGACCAAGGCAACUUCCACCUGUUUUGAAAUGUGAUUACCAUAAGCCUUUUGGUAGUGAAUGUAAUUAUUUCCCACAGCUUUCUCUGGGAAGUGAUUCUCUGUGAAAUGCCAUUUUGCACCUGAUUCUGUCUGCUUUCAGAACUGGGUCUCCCUGUAAUUAUUUUUUUUCUCCCCGAAUUUGCCCUUGCUACGUGAUCCCCAAGUAAAAACCACAGGUUUUUUUGGAAUGUAAAACAAAAGCGUUUUUUCCUCCUAUCAAAUGGCGCUCGUGGGCAGCUAGGCACGUGCCGGCUCCGUGCACACGCCGUGUUGCAGAUGGGUGCUGUAAGUGCCCCCUGCCCUGCCUGGGGGACAGAGGGAUCCCUCCAAACCUUCCUGCCAGGCCCAGUGACACCCCGGGUAGGCUCUGCAGUGGGAGGGCAGAGCUUUGCCUGCCGAGGACUGACCUGCUGGCCCCCAAGAAAAGCCCUGAGUACGGAGAAGGUGGCCCAGAGAAAGCAGUUAGUUCUGCUUGGAGAAGACUAGCUCAGUCCCACAGUGUUUGAAAUUGCUUAUUUUAUUACGUUUUAUGUGUAAAGCAGAAACUAGAACAGUAGUUAGAUGGGAAGAAAUAGUUGUACUCCUGACUAAAAGUUUAAACUGCUUUGUGGAGUCCAGACAACCCAACGUAAACUGUCAUUGCAGCUGUUUGCUGGUUUGCACUACAGCAUUUAACAUUCAGCCUUUACUCCCUAGUGUGCUACAAUUAAAGAAUACAGCUGGAA